GUGAGUUUUUUUUUUAUGUUGGUCACUUUUAAUUGGCUUGGCUGUGAAUAUUUGUGGAAGGGCUGAGACCUGAGAGACUCUAAAAAUAGUCCCUUUUAUUUAUUGUAGAUUCUCUAAACCAAACGUAGGGUUUUUAGAAUGGCGUCAAAGGACAAGAUGAUUUGGACGGCUAGCGGAGAGAACAUGAUCACUUCCGACAUAGCAACGAAGAUGGAAGCUAUUCCGCCAGCGGCAAAGCAUAUGGUCGAGCUUUUAAGAUCCCAGGAUUCGACUGCCAGAGAAUAUUGGACAAGGACGGUGGUGGUCGCUAUCGGCGGUGCACUUCUCAAGCAGUGCGUAAUGCUUCUCAUUAGCGGGAUCGACGCUAGUGUAAUUUCAGAUGCGCUUCACAAGACUGCUGCUAAGGCCGUUGAGAUCUUGAACGCCAUGGCUGUUAGCGGAGGUGGUGCUCCAGUGAUUGAGCUUUCAAGACAGCUUAGUGCGUGGGCUAAGGUUCUCCAUGGGAUGGAAAGCAACUGUGUCAAGUCUUUCGCUGAAGCCCUCGAGGCUAUCCCUUACACUAUUGACAUUGUGACUGAACUCAGGAACAAGCAUGCUCAAGGUCACAUCACUAAUAUCUUGGAGGAGAAGGUGGUUCAGCCCCUGCUUGUUAGUGCCAGCGGGAUCACUUUCGCAAUUGAAGUCAUAACAAGAGUUUUGAAUAAAUUAAAUGCUAGAAACAGCAGCUGAUACUGUCUCAACAUUGACUAACAUUAUGUUAUGGUGUUUUGCAUGUUUCUUUUGUUUCUGUGGAAUUGAAAUUUUUGUCCAAAUUUAAUUAGCUAAGGUUUUAUAUUAUUAGAUGUUAAGUGGCAUAUGAUAAAAA